GUCGCUAGACAUCCUCGCUCGCUGACGCAUUAAUCGCCAACUGGGUAGUCGCGCCUCCUCCUCCUCCAAGAAUCGGGUUACAUCCGCCGAGGGGUUGCGGAAGUCGCGUUUUUUUUUGUAACCGACGCCACUUCAUCCGAGACACACGCAAAAUCUGCGAACCGGAGGAAAUUACAACCCGCGACUGCUGAGAGUUAAUUAAGAUCGUGAUAGAUACUCGGUCUUCGUCGCAGCCGUGACCUUCCGGAAAAGCGCGCGUUUCUCAGUAAGAAAACGGACUGUCACCGUGUGCGAUCGAGCGAUUCGCGCGAUAAGGACCGUGAACGUGAAAAACAGUUCACAUCUAGCGCAAUACAUACAUUUUCCGCUAUUUCCGACCGAUUGCGAGACGGAAACGAAACCGCGGGGAAGACAUUCGCGUGACAAUGGAGAACUCGAAGGAAGAGACUAUAAAGUUGCAGCUGCUUGACUCGCCAAGUCCUCACAAGACGACCGAAAACCAAGCGACGAACGACGAGAACGUAGAACACGUUAAGAUCGAAAGCAACGCCGAAAACGCUAUAAAUAACAGCGAAACGUUACGUUCCUAUAACACGGUAAAUACAGACGAGGACGAUUACGAUCCUCACGAUCAUCGGGACAUCAAGAACAAAACCUCAAAUGUCGCAACCUUGAUUCAUCUUCUGAAGGGAAGUUUAGGUACGGGCAUCUUGGCGAUGCCGAACGCGUUCGGCAACAGCGGUCUUCUGGUUGGCGUUGUAGCCACGAUUAUCAUAGGUGCGCUCUGCACCUAUUGUUUACAUGUGUUCAUAAAGGCGCAGUACAAAUUGUGUAAACAGUUGAAACGCGGCACGUUGACCUAUCCGGAAACCAUGCAACAAGCCCUCAUCCAAGGUCCCAAGUGCACGGAGAAACUUUCCAAGUACGCGCCAGUUCUGAUUGAUGGCUUCUUAGUGCUCUAUCAAUUGGGAAUCUGCUGCGUUUACAUAGUAUUUAUCACAACGAACUUGAAGCAGGUGAUAGACUUGUACUGCGGCGAGUGGGAGCUUUGGAAAUACACGUUAUCGUUAUCGAUCGCGUUUGUUGUGAUAAACUACAUACCGAAUUUGAAAAAGUUGACGCCAUUUUCCGCGUUAGCGAACGUUCUCACGUUCGUCGGGCUCAUCUUGACCCUGACGUACAUGGUGCAAGACCUACCCCCGAUCAGCGACAGAGAGAUGUUCGGCACGUUGAGAAAUUUCGCCCUCUAUUUCGGAACAACGUUGUUCGCGUUGGAGGCCAUCGGUUUGAUCAUCGCUCUGGAGAACAAGAUGAAGACCCCGAAGGACUUCCUGGGCUAUUGCGGCGUCUUGAACAUAGGAAUGACUGUGAUCGUCUUCUUGUACAUACUCAUAGGAUUUUUCGGCUACAUAAAGUACGGAUCGGACGCCAAGGGAAGCGUAACUUUCAAUCUGCCGUCCGACGAGAUCAUGGCGCAAAGCGUGAAGAUUCUGUUCGCGAUCGCCAUAUUCUUCACGUACGCCCUGCAGGCGUACGUACCCAUUGAGAUUCUGUGGGACGGAUAUUUGAAGGAAAAAGCGGAACAGUGGCAGGUCAAAGAGACCCAGAAACAGACCAUGAAGUAUCUCGCCGAGUACGGUCUUCGCACCUCUCUCGUUAUCAGCACAAUCAUUUUGGCGGUCUCCAUACCGAGACUCGGCCUGUUCAUCUCGCUCUUCGGCGCUUUCUGCCUGUCCGCCCUCGGUAUCUCGUUUCCCGGAUUCAUCGACAUAUGCGUGCUGUGGCCGAACAAGGACUUCGGCCCGUUCAAGUACAAGCUACUCAAAAACAUUUUUCUGAUUGUGUUCGGACUGGUCGGUCUCGUGGUGGGGACCUACGUCAGCAUUGUGGACAUCGUCAACUCCUUCAAGUGAAAACACGCGAGGAAGUCCUGAAGAAUGAAACGCGCGGAUAUUAUUCCCACAUUAGAAAGAAAGAGAGAGAGAGAAAGAAAGAGAGAGGAGAGGAAGAAAGAGAAAGGGAGACAGAGAGAGCAGCUUGCAACUUGUACUAAGGGGAGUGCGGGACUAGUUUGGUCUCCGUGCGUGGGAAGAGGAAAAAAAAUGCUUUCCGAGCUCGUCACCGCCAUAAGUUUACUUAGACUUUUACGUAGGGUAAAAUAAAGUAAAACGACACACACGCUGUCCUCGUAGCUAACGCACUCGAAGUCUCUCGCGGGAACAAUCGUCCGAUCGCGCGAAUUGGACGGUUCAAAUCUGUGAUUUGAAAAAAAAAAAAAAAAAAAAAAAAAAAAAAAAAAAAAAAAAAACAUAAAGCUUUCCUUAGGCACCGAUGUCGACGUGAGCGUCGUCGCCACGAGUUGUCUCGGUUUUUUUUUUUUUUUUUUUUUUAUAAUCGCUCGCUUUAGAAAAGCGCGCUUUUCCUCGCGGACGCAUUAUUAUUGUCCGCCGUAUGCAACAAACAAACGCAACGUACGUCUCCGCUGUGCGUAGAUGAAACGGCGAUCCACUCGGCGCACACGUGAAGAUGUAUCGCGUAUAUUUAUAUACGCACGUUUAGAGUGCGUAUAUAUGUAUAUGACACUUCAUUCGGAACAGACGGAAAAUAUAUUUUUUCCACAUAGACAAUUGUUUGAGACAGACUAUUUUCGCUUAAGCUUUUCUUAUCUCGGUACUUAGGAACACGAUCAGCGUAUACCGAGAGAGAGAAAGAGAGAGAGAGAGAAAAAACAUUUGGAACCGAAUAAUUGCACAACAAAAAGUGGCAACUGUUUAAUUAUUAUUGCUACAGAGAGCAAUAAUAAUUAAAUAAUAAUUAAACUAUCCCCUAGAGAGAGAUAAAAAAAUCCAUUGUCGCUCUGUGCAUCUAAGAUUAUUGCGACCAUUUUUUUCUCUAUCUAUGUCUCUCUCUCUCUCUCUCUCUCUUGAUGUGUAUUCCUUUCGACGAAGAUGACCGACGAUACAAACUCUGUACGAAUGCAUUCUGACGAUCCAAGUUCCAUGAAUGUAUAUAUUUGUAUUUGCGUCAGUUUGGAGAAACGGUUUUUAGACAUAUAUAUAUAUAUAUUUUUUGUGCACACUUUCGAAUUUUUAUAAGCCGCCGUGGAGCAACAACGGACGACUCCACGUCUUAUUACCGUUUUUCAACAAGACACACGUGAAUCAUUGAUGAAAGUAUAUAUAUAAAAUAAAAUUUAAAAAAUCUCGCUCUAUUAUAUUUGUACGUAAACGCCAAUUUUUUAACGUCGAGACUGCGAACAAAAACAUUGCGUGUGUGAAAGCGGAUUACUUAUUAUCGAUAAUUAUUUACUAUAUUGGAACGCUCGUUUCAAUGAUGAAAAAAUGGCCCGAAGACAA